AUGCUUAGGAAUCUUAUAUUGAGAAGAUUUGCUUCCACAGGUUCCUAUCAAGGAAGUGGUCAGAUAAACAUUCCAAGAAGACCAUUGAAAAAGAUCCGUCUAGGUAAAGCCAGACCUGCCAUAUAUCAUGAAUUCAACGUCAAAGUGGAAUUGAGUGACGGUAGUGUAAUAACAAGAAGGUCCCAAUUUCCAAAGGACGAGAUCAGAUUGAUUCAGGAUCAAAGAAAUAGCCCAUUAUGGAAUUCAAGCAGAGACGAUCUGGUAGUUGUGGAUGCUAACGCUGGUGGCAGAUUGGACAAGUUCAAGGAAAGAUACGGCUCAGUGUUUUCCAUGGCUGCUGAACCAAAACCAACCGAAGAGAAGAAAGAGGCUGCAGCAAAGGGCAAGCAGGAGAAGGAGGCAGCUGCUGAUGAAGGAGAGUUUGGAAUGGACGAUUACUUGUCGCUGUUGAACGAGGACUCUGAACAAAUAAAGACUGGUAAAUUGGCCACAAAAAAGAAAACAAAGAAAUAG